AGAGCCAAUCAUCUGACUGCGAGGCAGACUUGAUGCAGCAUCUGACUCUUGUGGAUGUUUCGUACCAGAUGAUAAAGCAAUCUUUCUCUUUGUAUAAAGCAUGGGAGAUCUCCUGGCUUUGCAGCGUCUACAGACUGCAGUCGAGCCUCAAACAGCGUUUUGUUUAAUAAUAAUAGUUACAUCGAUGUAGAGCACAAAGGAGGACAAGCCUUUUGUUUUGACAUUUCAGGCAGCUGACAUGUUUAACCCCCCUGUCGCGGAGCAGCUGGCACGGAGCGCAGAUGAGGAUGAUGAUGAUGCUGAGACUGUAGAGAUGAGUGGUAUUAAUAGGAGGGCUUGAGUGUCACACAGUCUUUCACUGUUGAUACCGGGGGGGCUUUGGCGGAGAGUCGGUGGACCGGACUCGGGGGACUUUCGCAUCAAGACUGCGCAGUUGGAAUAAAAAACAGGGAUUUGUUGUUUACCAGACGGGCAUCAUGGACGUGCUGGCAGUUCUUAAUUUGGGCGAAUUUCCCCACAUUUUCUCCAAAAUGGGAAUGUUUCCUGUGUUUGAUCUCGCGUAUUACAUCGUGUCCAUCCUCUACCUCAAGUACGAGCCAGGCUCGGUGGAGGUUUCUCGCAAGAGUCCCGUGGCCUCCUGGCUCUGUGCCAUGCUCUACUGCUUUGGAAGUUACAUCCUGGCAGAUAUCAUGCUUGGAAGCAGCCCCAUCGACUAUUUCCAACACAACAGUCACAUCCUGCUGGCCUCGGCUGUGUGGUACCUCAUCUUUUACUGCCCUCUGAACCUCUUUUAUAAGUGUGUGGCUUUUCUACCAGUCAAGCUGGUGUUAGUUGCUCUGAAGGAAGUGGUCCGCACUCGUAAGAUCGCAGCAGGUGUUCACCAUGCCCACCACGCAUACCACCACGGCUUCCUCAUCAUGGUCAUCGUCGGAUACGUCAAAGGCUCUGGAGUAGCUCUCAUUUCCAAUUUUGAGCAGCUGUUGCGCGGCGUGUGGAGGCCUGACACCAACGAGAUCCUGAACAUGUCAUUCCCAACCAAAGCCAGUCUGUACGGAGCCAUCCUCUUCACCCUGCAGGAGGCUCAAUAUCUGCCAGUGUCAAAAAGCACCCUCAUCCUUGUCUUCACCCUCUUCAUGGCCACCAGCAAGGUGGUGAUGACCGCCCGACACUCUCACGGCUCCCCCUUCGCUCUCAUUGAGUCCUGGGUUUGCCACCUGCUGUUCGGCUCCCCUCUCGGUGGAUCUGAGGAAGACCACCAUCACGCUGCCGCCGCCCCAUCAUCACCUCUGAAAACCAAGGAGGAGCUGAGCGAAGGUGCUCGUAAGAGGAAGGCAAAGAAAGCAGAGUAGGACACCGUGUUACGACUGUAAAAAAACUGCAUUUCCAGGAAGGGAACAGUUCGAUGUUUUACAAAUGAAACCCUUUCUAUUAGAGCAAAAUGGUGCUUUCUGCCUUUUACAUAGCACAAGAACUCUGUAAAUACUACGGCAAGGAUUCACACUUCAAACCAACCUGAAACCUAUUUCAUUAAGUGUUUGUGAACUUCUGCAGCUGUGCUCAGCACUGUGUGGUGAUCCAUGUUUGUGUCACAGUGACCUCUGAUCCACAUCAGUAGUUGUGUUUCCAUCAAACCUUAUUUCACUCAGAAAGAAGGAGAAACUUUUUCUUAAUUCAACUGACUCUCCAUUAAAAAAUUCAAACUCGAAAGAAAAGAAAAUAGUGAAAUAACAUUGCUGCUUUUACACUGAGAAGAGGACAACAUCAUGUCUUUCAAUAAAAUCAAGAGAAACAUGG